AUGAAGAAAAUUAAAGAAACCUUAUCUAAUCCUUGUUACUUUCGUUCCUUUCUUACUCAGGAUUCUGGUCAAAGCAGCUACAUUGAGGAUCUCUUCUACAACGAAUCCCGAACCGCGGGUAACGGUUGGGUUGCGGCCACACCAACCUACACAGACUCGCAAGGCGAACCGAAAGAGCCACCGGAAAAAUUCCCGUUAGCAGACGGAUGGCAAUGGGAUGGCGACUGGAGUGUGGACUACAAUCGGCCGUGUGAUGAUGACGGUUUUGAGUAUACGGUUAACGCUGCCUUGGGUGGAUAUGUGGUCGUCGAGAAGUUGUAUCACUCGUUUCGCCGUCGUCGACUUAUUCGUCGUCGAAUCCCGACCGACAACGCAUCCAAGACAAUUAAAGAGACUGUGCCCACGCAGUCACAGGAUCAUUGGGANCAUUGGGAGUACGCGUUCAAUUUUGAAUCGUCUUUUCACGCCAAGGAGCGUAAAGUUGACAUGGCACGGAGACGUCGUUGGCAUCGAGCUAUCAAACCUGUGGGCGAAACUGUGGAAGGAGCAAGCUGCGUUAUGCAAUUGGGUGGUUCAGGAGCAUCCACUAGCGGGAAAAUGACCGUUCCGCGGGUGUAUCUGCGCUAUACAGGCCCACACACAUGGCAUCUGAGAGCUUAUCUGUUUCAGGCCCGUAGUUUGCUGGGUGCUGAUGAUACCGGGCUCUCCGAUCCUUAUGUGCGAUGCUCUUUCCAAGGUUUGACACAACGCACAGAGACAAUCAUGGCCACAUUGUGUCCUACUUGGGAUGAGACACUGAUCUUCGAGGAGGUGAAAAUUUACGGUGACCCAAUGACCACGGCUAGCUGUCCUCCUCCAGUCAUUGUGGAAAUAUUCGAUUGGGACAAGUUGACAUCAGAUCAAUUUUUGGGCCGAUGUCAGAUUGUUCCUUUCAUCAAACUGGACGCGAAUGCUCCACUCAAUUGUGUUCUCCAAUGGUACAAUAUUGAGAAAGGGACCAAGAGUGGCGGGGAAUUGUUGGCCGCAUUCGAGUUGAUUUUGUUGGACGGUAAGAAACCCCCACUUCCACCAACACGACGUGGUCGCCUGUACAAUGUGCCCGAAAGUAUUCGGCCGGUGCUUCAACGAACCGGGAUCGAAAUUCUCUGCUGGGGUGUGCGGAAUGUGCGCAAGCAUCAACUGGCCAGUGUGAACUCACCGUCUGUGGAAUUUGAGAUCGGUGGUAAAGUGAUCGAAUCAUCGAUCAUCAAAGAUGCCAGACGGAAUCCGAACUUCACCGAACCGUUGCUAUUCCUGGAUGUUCUACUGCCCAAAGAAGAACUAUACACACCACCAAUGAAUAUUUGUGUGCGCGAUCAUCGGGCUUUUGGUCUUCGUCCAUUGGUUGGAAUUCAUGUGUUAAAAAAUUUCAGCCAGUUUAAAGUUCCUCCACGUACAGUUCGACAUGAUCCUCUGACAGAAAUUCCAGUACUCACGCACUUUAUGGAGUUGCACGAUCGUCGACAUUUCCGAACAGCUCUUUUAAUCGUGUUUUCCAUUUAUAAUCUAUGA